AUGAAUACUCCGUCGCCACUUUCAACGCUCUUGGGAAGGGAGUUUGCUGGUGUGCAGAAAAUUGAAAGGUAUCUAAGCAAACUUGUAACAGAGAAAACCGACAGUGACGACAACAAUAUUGAUAGUUACACAACCAGUUUCAUUGAUGGAAUCAGUAAAUUUCUCCAAUUCUCCCAAAAUGACUUCAAAAUCUUUCAAACAAUCGAGUUAGAAAAACGCUCUGGCUUCUUUGACGCAAUCAAAAAUAGCUUUGAUAAUGUUAAGGAAAAAAUUAGUCGUUUUAUAGAAACAGACCAAUUAAAUAAAUUAAUGGACGAAUUAUUUCCCAUUUUACAUUACUUAUGUUAUUUCGAUUUUUCUCGACAUCGAUUAUCAUUUGCUAGCACAGCAAUAGAACAAUUAAACACAUUGAAACAAUAUGAACAAAAUCUAUUGAAGCUAAUCGAACAAAUGCGAGAUGAAACUCACGUCAAUGACGCAUUAAAUACUGAAUAUUAUUCAUUAAAAAGUUCUCGGAAAAAACUUGUAUUCGCCGUUUUGGGAUGUAGAAAAUCAGCCAAAAGUAGCUUUAUUAAUUAUUUAUUACAAGAAACAAUUUGUCCUGUUGACACUCUUUCAGCUACUGCACGAAUUACACGUAUCAUUUAUGGAUCCCAAUGGAAAGUUUAUCUUGAAGGAGAACAAGGUGAAGAAAUGAAUAACAUCAACAGUCUUUAUCGAAAGGCAACUGAACUCAUCAUACUUCAAGGAGCCGAUCGAGACGAUAAAGUUAAAUGCAAAAUGAAAGUAAUAAUUGAACUUCCCAUCAAACAAUUGAAGAACAUUGAGUUGUGGGAUCUUCCUGGACUUGAAGAAAAUUCUGUUCUAAAUGAAAUCGUUUCAACGAUUUUUCCCGACGUUGAUUUAGUAUUUGCUUUAUUGCCUAUCGAUGGUGGAGUGUCAUUGGAUUUUCUUAACAAUAUUGAGAAAUGUUUGACGUACAAUCGUAAUGCUUCUGGUUUAAUCAACGAAACACAUGAUCAUGAUCAUAAUAUUGCAGGUUUUCAACAGCAAGUCUGUUUCGUUAUUACCAAGGUCGAUUCUGUACCUUCGAGCAGUCAAACAGGCAAAAGACGAGAUGUUACACUACAAGAGUUGUCCAUCACUAUUCUAGAACGGAUGAAGAAUCAAUUCAACGUGGAAAUUAAUUUGGAAAAUGCAAAUCCUAUGUUGACUCCUCGUUUUAUUUCUAUGUGUACAGAAAGUACACAUCUAAAUGAUUUUCUUCAUUGUCUAGAAGAAUUUUAUCAUAAAUCCGCAACUUUUUUCAAACCAGUUGUAAAUGAAAUUAUGUACCGUAGAAUGAACCAUUUAUCACAAGUAAUAUAUGAAUUACUUCAGUAUGAUGAUAUUGAUCGUACAAUCAAGGCAUCGCAACAAUUAACAAACAUCAUUCACAAACGACAACAAAAUUUAGAAGAUGAUUUGAAGAAAAAAUUAGAUGAGCAUAUGAAGUCAAUUCGAGAAGAUCUACGUUCGCAUGUAAUCAAUUUAUGGAAACAUUGGUCACCUUCCAAAAUACUCUUUGCUAACGAAAGUCGUUGGGAUGAUGCGGUUGAAACCAUUAGGGUAAAGUUCAAAGAGUUAAUGAAGAAACACAGGGUGACUAUUCUACAAAGUGCGAGAGAAGAGAUUGACAAUUUUUUCGUCGCACUUGACUUACAUCCGGGUCAAGAGCAAUUGGUAAAGCAAGCAAUGAGUCGUGCAUUUCUUCAAAAUCCUUACAAAAUCAUCAUCGGCCAAUAUGAAAUUCAAUCAGCACCGAAUAGAACAAGAGAACUCGCCUGGACACAAGCAGCAUCCGUAUUACCUAAUACAAUUAGCAAUAUAGUAAGCCUAUGCCUUACUCCAGUUCGUUUUCUUAAAAAUUUAAGAAAGGCCGCCGAAGAAACUCUUAGUAACAUCACUGAGCCAAACAUUCAAAAAGAAAUCGAUCAAUGUUUUGACAAUAUUAUCACAGAAAUUAAUCUUUCGAUACAAGACCAAGUCAAAAAGGUAUUAGAUGAGAUUGAAGCCAAGAAGGAAAUAAUGUUGCAGGCCAAAAAGAUUGAAGAAGUAAAUGGCGUUGCUCACUUUAUUUCGUACUAUGAACCAUCGAUUACUAAACUGUACUUGGACAUUCAACAUGAAAAAUCAUGCGCCAAAUAUGCUUUUUUUGAGAUGUCUAAUGAAAAACUUGGUUCUGAUGACUCUUCAGUAUAUGUUGCGCUCUUGGCCAUCGAUAAACAUUCAGAAAAAAUCCGUAUUGCUGCAAAAAAAGUGAAGCUGCAAAAGUUUUGUUGUCAAGACUUAUAUUAUAUAGACAACUAUCACAAAAAUAUCGUCAAACUCUAUGGUAUACGAUGCAGUAGUGAAAAUGACGAGUAUUAUUACAUUUUAAUGGAGAAACUGGAUUGUGAUCUCUCCAACUAUCUCUUAGAAAAUAAAAACAAUCUUUUAGACUCUCAUAUCGACAAGAUGAUCAUGCAAAUUGUUAAUGGUCUUCAUUACCUUCAUAACCGCACUCUAAUCCACCGCGAUGUAAAAUCAGCUAAUAUAUUAGUACGCAAAUGUGAACCUCCAGUUUUUCUCAUCAGUGCUCUUAGCUUUCUUUCUGACUUAUCCAGUGCAAUGAAAGAUACUCCAUGUUACAUAGCUCCUGAGCUCACAAAUGCUGACAGUUUUAAGAACGAUUCUACACGAUAUAUAGCAAAUAGGUUUGCAUGCGGCUAUGUAGAUAACAACUCGUUAAGUGCUAAAACGGAUAUUUAUGCAUUGGGCGUAACUAUCACAGAAAUUUACGAAACAUCAAACAUCAGGCGCCACGGCCAGUACUUCAAAUUUUGGAGUUCCAUAGCAAAUCGUUGUUGUUCAAGUAACUGUGCUAAACGUCCAACGUGCCAAGAAAUUCUGGUUGCAAGACGUAGCUGUCUUGAGAAAGCAGGUAAGAGUGGCAUAUUUACUUCACUCUUGAUUCAGGUAAUUUAA